AUGACCUUCCUCCUGGAACAGAAAGUUGGACACUACGUUCAAUAUAAAAAAAAAUGGAGAAAUUGGAAGUCAGAACUUAAAAAGAAGUAUUAUGAUCCUGAGUUACCAAUGCAAGUUCUUCUGGAAGAAAGAGAUAACAGAGCUUUGGUAGAGCAAUAUGUGAAAUUAGUUAUUCAGUGGAAUUCAGAAAAAUCAAAGGAACGAAGUGAAAAAAAUAAGAUUGCUCGGAAGCAAAAGAUAAUGAAUCAGACAACUGGAAGAAGAUCUUUUGCUCAAGUGCAACAAAAAUUGGGAAAAGAAAGGGGACGCCCUCCAUCACGAGUCGAAUUAUUCCAUGCUUGCUUUACUCAUGCUAAUGGAAGCCCCUCAAGCAACAUUGUGGCGGAAAAAUUGGCUGCAAUGAAAGAACUAGAAAAUCAACUUCCUGAAGACGAGGAUGAUCAAGUUGGUCAAAAUGACAUAUUUGCUCAAAUCAUUGGACCAGAUAGACCAGGUCGAGUACGUAUGUUUGGUGAUGGUGUUAACCCAUCUGAUUUAUGGGGAGAAGUUCCAAGCCGUAGUACAUGCAAUCGAAUAGUGAUGGAGCAAAGGACAAAGUUAGAAAAAAUGGAUGAACAAGUUAGAAAGCAAGGCCAACACAUUGCAAUGUUAGAAUCAAAGAUUUGCAAUCAAUCAAACCAAAACCUUGGUUCAAAUUACAACAGUAUACAACACACAACAUUAUCAAGUAGUCCAUUACUUUCUGAUCCAGUUAGUUUAUCUCUAAGGGUUGGAUGCUCUGUCUCGAUAAAAAGUCUAUUUGAUUCGAUGAAAAUUGUGGCAAAAGGAGUUGUUCAUAGCAUGGAUCCAAAUACUGAAGUAGGAAGACAGGCAUUGGGACCAAAUUGGUGUGAAAUACAAGUUCUAGUUGUCUUAGAACGGGAAGAGAGUUUGAUUAGGCCAUAUGAUCUUUUACAAAGGUUUGAGGAUACACUUGGAGGAAUGAUAGCUUGGCCUUGCCAUCUGUUGGUAGUUAAUGAAGAAGACUUCUACUAG